AUGAUAAGUAUUAGCUUCACGCAUGAUAGUUCCGCACCGGAUAUCAGCUUCAUGCAUGAUGGUUUCGCACCGGAUAUCAGUUUCAUGCAUGAUAAUUCUGCACCGGAAGGGAUUAAAAUUGUGAAUAUCAGUUCAGCGGCUGACGUGCGCUACUUUUUCAAUGUGCCCUACGGAGUGGGUAAAGCUGCUAUUGAUAAAUUGUCCGCGGAUAUUGUCGAAGGAAGUGAAGGCUUAUAA